AUCAAUCAAUCAAUCAUUCAUACAUUAUUAAUAAGCAAAAUCUAAUUAUUACUACAUAAGCAUACAUAAUAAGAAAUGGAAGAGCGUGAUAUUGAUAACUUAUUUAAUUAAAUUUAGUAAAUAAAGUAGCAGGCAUCAACCUUAAAUCAAUCGGUUGAGAAUUCAAAGAUCUAAAAAACAAAGCAAAUUAGAUAACUUAGUAAUAUGGAGAGCAAUGAAAAUAAUGCUGAUCAAUUUUCUCUAAUGGGUACUCUGAAUAAUAGUAACUUUUUUUCUAAUAACAUAGAAAGAGCAAAAGUAAAAAGUAAUAAUAAUUAUGGAUCAAACAGUGAAAUGGAAACACCCUCACUUACUCCUUAAUAAUCAGGAAAUUUAAAUUUAUAAAAUUAACAAUAAAAUUUCUAAUAAAUAUGGUCUUAAUAGCUUUAUAAUAGUAAUAUCCCAUAAAAAUCACCUAACAAUUCUGCAUUUCACUCUAAAUCACCUAGCUCUAUUAGUACAACGAAUAGGCAACCUAGCUAAUCAAUACAUUACACUCCGAACUAACAACAAGUGACUACUCCAUACAAUAAUAAAAGAUAAAUGCAGCAAUAAGGAAACACUUAGUUAUAAAAAUAAAUUUUAAAUUCAAACUCUAAGGAUAAGCUUGCAAAAAGAAUAGAAUUUAACAACUAAAAUGAUUCAUCAAUUAUUUCUAGUUUAACUCCUCAUUCUUAUUCUCCAAUAAAUGCUUCAAGGAGACUUCCGCUAAUGAACGACUAAGUUAACCUUCAGUAAAAUAAUUUUUUGAAUCUGCAUCAAUCCUAAUCUUAACAAAUUAGUCCACAUGUUUAACAAUAGUAACAGUUUAAAUAACACAACUAGAUGCAGUUAUAACAAAAUUUAAAGAUGCAAAUUUAGUAGUAGUAAUAAUAAUAAUAAUAGUAGCAGCAGCCUUUAUAAUAAUAUUAAUCGUAACCCUCAUAAUAAAGAGCUAAAAUGUUUAACCAAGCUAACAUGGUCUAAAAUAUAAAUUAAUAAUAAUAGUAAAUAAAUUAAAACUAAGCUAAAACACAAUAAAAAAAGUAAUAGAUUCCACAAUAAUCCCAAAUAAAUAAUCAGCAAAUGAGAUAAAUGCCUUUUUUGUAACAACAACAGUAAUUUUAAUAGUAACUUUAAAAUUAAAGAUAAAACCAAAUGAGUUUAAAAUAGUACCAAGAACAGUACAAUUUUGAUAUGAUCGAUCCUAAUUUAAUAAGUAACUAGCAUUAUUUGAGUGAUGGGAUACUAGCUACUAAUGAAGAAAACGACUACUAAUAAGAAUAAGAUACAUUCGAAGACCAAGGAUAUAAUUAAGAAGAUGAAAUAGAGGAAUAAGAAAAUAUGUAUAGUGAUUUCUUAACAAAUUCGUAAUAGAAUCAGUUAAGUAGCAGCUACACCUCAAAAAAUUAAGACAUGAAAAAUAAUAAAAAACUUUAGUACUAAUAUUAUCUUCAAUAAUAGCAACAAAACUAACCUGCUGAAAUCCUUAGAACUCCUUAAAACAACUAAUCAUAAUUUUAGCAAUAUAUAAAAACUGUCAAGAAUAACCCUUCAGUUCGCUCUAAUCAUCAUCACGAUUACUAAAGCUUGAAUUCAUUCAACACUCCUAAAAUGUCUAAAGUUCCUUAUACUUCUGAAAACCCAUUUCCAUUUAAUUAGUAGAUGGGUAACAGUUAGAUUAUGCCAAAUUAAAUAUCUAAUGUCAUUCCUUAAAGUAAUAUGAAUUAAUAUUAUUUUGAUCAAGGAAAAUCAGAAGAAGAUUACCCUUAACUCUAAAAUCAGUCUCGCUAACAACAAAGUGUGAGUGCUAGAGAUAACUCAAGGAUAAGGAUAACUCCUAAUAAUUAAGACUCUGAUAGCAAAUUCGCUCCACCAAGAGCAACUUCAAACAAUAAGAACAGUUCAAUUCAAAACUUUCAAAGUUAGCCAAACAAGUUAAAAAAAAAUAUACAAAACUUUUAGAAUCAGUACCAACUACUUUAAUCUCCAGAUUAAGAUGACACCGAAGAGGAUUUCCUCUCAAAUAUAACAAAUCAACCUUCACCAAUUCUACCAUAAAACAGCAACCAACUAAACUAUUUUCCAAGCAGAGAUUAAUCGUUUUUAAACUUAGGAAAUACAAAUCCACAAAUUUAGUAGAUACAAUAAAGCAAUAACAAUUUUAUUCGUAGCAAGUUAUAAAGAGAUAGAAGCUCUAAUCAUAGUGUUUCAAGCUAAUUGGCGAAUUAAAAUAUUCCAUUUUAAUAAACUUUUUCAUAAUAUUCUUAAGGUAUUUAGCUUUAGCCCUAAUAUCACUCAGUAGGAGGAGGAUCUAUAUAAGAUCAGAUGGCAAGCUAAAAGUAAAACUCACACAGGGUGUCCAAAUAUUCUAGACAGAACCUUGACAGUAGUAUCAUAUCUGCUAGGAAAACUCCAUCCAAAAGCUAAGGUCCUAGAAAAUCGCCUACUCCUACAAGAUAAGCUUACGAUCAGCAAGAAGAAGAAAAAAUAACACAACUGAAAAAGUAACUGUAAGAGAGCUAAGAUUUGGUUUAGAAAUUGUAAGAUGAAUUAAGGUCAACAAAAGAAGAGUUAGAGGAUUACAAAUUCGCUUUUUAAAAGACUGUUUAAAAAUUUAAACAAGUGCAAAAGCACACAGAUUAAAAGGGUGUGAAGGCUUAAAUAACUUUUUACUAAAAAUCUCUGAUAAAAGAAUAAAGCUUAAAUAAAAACUUAAAAGAAGUUAAUAUCAAUAUUAAAAGAAAAAUUUUGAAACUAAGGAGUGUAGUUUAUGAUUAGUACAUCAAAGACAGUGAAGAAUUUUUAUCUCUUCAAAAUGAGCUUAGAUAGUAUGAAUUGCAGAAUGAAUUUUUGAGAGAUAUACUCUAAAUUGGAUCUUUGAAUGAUCAAAGAUGUGAAAAUGUUAAUAAGAUUCUUGAAAAAGCAGAAGAAGAGAUUAACAAAAACUAAGAACCACCUAAUUAAGACAAACUAAUUGAGAGAUAAAGAAACAAGAGAUUAAUUGAAAGGAUUGCAUGUGAAGAAGAAAGUCUAUCUGAUGAAAAUGAUGAAAAUUACAUUAAAAGACUUAUUAAAAACUAAAAGGAGAUAGAAGAUCAAAAACGCUAAGAGGAUAGCUCUAAUUUUAAUAAUAUAUUCGGUUUAAUUUUGGCCCAAGCAAGCAAACCCACAGACAUGAGAGAUGAGUACGAAGAUAAAAAUAUGGAGUAAAACUAAAGCUAGUAGGGAAAUUUUGCUAUACAUCCUGUCAGUCCUUCCUAAACAUCUUCAGAAGAUAAAGGCGAAAUUGCAACAAACAGCAGUUUAAAUAAUAGUUUAUCUUCAGAUAGUAGUUAAAUUUAAUUAAAUACUUCUUUAAAUUCGUAACUUUCAGAUGAUUCUAAAAAAUCUGGAAUUAGCUCUACAAGUCUUAUAAACUCAACUAGCAUUCUAAAUUCUUAAAAUAAAGUACCUCCAAUUAGUUCUCCACAACUAAAUCCAGCUAACUAGUAAGCAGGAUCUACAAGUAUGAUUAAUAAUUCUAGCCUUCUAACAUCAACUACCCCUUCAAAUAAAUUGUCUAUCGGUUCAACCAGUCUUGUGUCACCUAUAACUACAUAAGGUAGUAAUUCAAAUAACAACCUAGCUAAUUCUAACCCUCCUAAGUUAUAAACUUCUUUACGAGGAAAAAGUAUUUUCAGUGAUAUAAGUUCUCGUGUAGGUGGAGUAUUAGGAAGUAGCACUAUUUCACCUUAAAACAGAUUAAAGAGCCCUGAUCCAAUGUAAAGAUCAAGCUCAUUGCAAUAAAAAACUUCCGAAAAUGCUGCUGGUUAAAGUAAUUUUUCAAUCAAAAAAAGCUUAGAAUCAACUUAAGACAAAUAACCUUAAUUAUAAAACAAUCAAACUACUUAAUAAUUAUAAACAUAAUAAGAAUAACCUAAAUAAGCUAAUUAGUAAUAAGAAACUUAGGUAAAAUAGAACCAAGGAGGCGAUUCUGACAAUAUCCCAAAAAAUAAUAGCUUUGAUAUUAUAUAAAAUGAUAAUAGAGAAGAACAAAUUGGUAGCAACCAAGAUGCAUUUACUUUUGAAAAUUGUGAUGAAGACAACUUCAAUAUUUUAGAUGAUAAUAACAGUGAUGAUGAUGGUCCUAUAAGUGAAGAAGAUAUUUUAGGUACUAAUACAAAUCCUUAUUAUUAACCUUCAAAUAACACCUUUAAUCCUAAUCAACAAGAAUAGAUAAACAAUAAUAAUUCUACAAAAUAAGAGAGUACUUAAUCCAAUAUUAUUAAUGAUUAAUAGAAUAAACUUCAAAACAAAUCAUUCAUAAAUAACUCUAGCUUCUUUACCACUUCUAACGUAUUCACAAAUAAUUCUUAAGUUGAUUAAAAUACAAAUAACGUACCAUCUUAAAGUAAUAGCAUAAUAAACAACUCUAAUUUAUAAGCUACAUAAAAUUAAAUAUAAAAUUAAUAAAACUUAUCUUAAAAAUAAAGCAUAAUUAGUAAUUAAAGCUUAUUUACUCCUGCAAACAAUAGCUUUGAUACUGCUAAUGCCAAAAAUAAUACAACAAACGCCAUAAGCGAUCCAGUAAGUACUAAUUAUAAUAAUAAUAACAACAACAAUAAUAAUAAACCAUUGAUUGCACAAAGUUCAUUUAUAUCUUCAAGCUCGUUCUUUGGCUCUUCAGGCAAUAACUUCGUUCCUUAUGGAGGAGCGAUAUAAAAAAAGAACAAAGAUGAUGAGAAUGUUGUGUUACUUCCAAACUAUAAAUAUGAGCCUUUAAAGAAUUAGUAGUAUGAUAAUUAAGAUGAAACAUAGGAAGUAGAGAAACAAAAUAAUUAGUAGCAAUAAUAAAAUAAAGAAGAAAUAAAUUUUGUAAUACCAUUUAGAUGA